AUGAUAAGAAUUGUUUGGAAGCAAUCAAAAUGUUUGAUUAAGGGUUAAUUCUUGAAUUCUAAAAAUUAAUCAGCAUUGUAUUGUAAAGGUAUAGCUUCACUUUUAUGCAUUAGAGAAUAGUUUAAGAAUACUUGAUUAAUAUUAGGAAGCGAUUAUAUGGGCAGUUUUAGCCUUGGAAAUCGAUCCUAGACAUGUAGAAACUUUGUACUGCAAAUGUAAAACUUCUUACUGUUUGUUUUAGCACAUAGUUUAAUAAGGCUUGGUUAAUAUAAAGAAGCAAUUAUAUGGGCAGAUAAAGCCUUUCAGAUCGAUCCUUAAUAUAGAGUGUCAUUAUAUUGCAAGGACAAUAACCCUUGUAGCCUUUAGCAUCCUCCUAAAUAACUUUUCCACCUUCACUUACUUAACAAUUGCCAUGUUUAUCAUUAUUUGAAAAUUAUAAUCCUUUUGAUAUUAUUAAAUCUAUCAUAAAUUAAAUAUAUGAAUGAAACUUAAUAUUAAAAAUUGAUCCUUCUAAUAUUAUCAAUUAUCAACUUAACAGUUUCAUUAAUUAAGAAUUGA